AUGUCGGAAUCUCGCAAAUCCAAGUCACCGCUUCGGGCUCUGGACCCUCAGCCCAUGCGAAGCCCUUCUCCUCCCGAUGGACGAGCUCCGGAGAGAGCAAAGUCGUAUCCGGGACCUGACUCCCAGUCUCAGCAGUAUGGUCCUCAGCCGUACAAUCCCCAAGAUUACUCCAACCAGAGCUACAACCCUCAAAACUACGGCCCGCCACCAAACAACUAUGGAUCUCAGAACUACAACCAGCCGUACAACCCCCAGAACUACCCUCCUGUCUCCGGUCCUCAGACAGGUCCUGCCAUGUUUCCCACGCGCCCAGUGUCCGACUCGUAUCUUCCCGACCAUGGCGGAGCAAUGGCCAGCAGCACCAAGAUCACCACCACCCAACAGUAUAGCACCCAGCAGCAGUAUAGCUCUCAGCAGCAAAUGGUGCCAGCCAUGGCCCCCACUUCGCUUCGAGAGCUCCAAGCUCUCAAGACGACGUGCCAGUUUAGUCUGCGCGAGUACCUCAGCCUGCAGCGGCAGAGACGGAGCGGUGACUCGGCCAUGUCGGCGUAUGAGCUGGACACGCGCAUCCGCAACCACACCACCGUGAUGCUCAGUGAUCUACGGAUCCUCCAGAGUGAGGUGCGCGGGAUUGGCAAGGAGGCCGAGAACCACCGCUGGAGGAGGUGGAUUAUUGGUGGUGCUAUGUGAGUUAAUCGAUCAACCCACUCGGAGCUGCACAGACUAACAUGCCACAGUGCCACGUUUAUUCCCUUUAUUCGCAAAUUCUGGCGCCGGAGCCACGACGACGAGGAAUCAGCAAUGUCGGCCAAUGACACCGAGUACGCCUUCCGCAAGUCCAAGGGCCUUCUCGAGUACAUCAAGAACGCCCUCCUCGGCCACGGCAGAUGGGCCAAGUUUGCCUUUAUCGUCUUCGCGGUGCUGUUUGUGUUCUCCAACGAGGUGUCGCUCCGGGUGGCCCGGACGGUGCAGAAGCGCAUCAAGAAGCUCUGCGCGCGCAUCGAGCAGGGCGACCCGGACAUUGACGAGAAGGAUAUGAAGGUGCUCGAUGGCUGGCGAUGGAGGGUUCUCUUGUGGUAAGCACUACAGGACGGGAUGGGACAUGAAUGAUAUCGUAGUAUGAGGACAUGAUUUUAACGAAGCCUCGGCGAUUGCAUUUCUUGUAUUAUUCUUUUUGGGGUUUCGGUUUCUUAGAUAUUUCGUGCCACUCAAUUUACUUUGGACAAAUAGUAAUUGACGCUUUACUCGCAUUGUCGCUGUCUUGUCUGAUGGUGACAUGGAACUUUAUUUGUGAGGCCGUGGGUCGUGCGCUGGAGGGGAGGGCCUCGCUCGGAAUCUUCACUAAACACCUCCAUUAGAGCCAAGACAUCGGCGCGUCGCGACUCACCACCAUCAACGAUUUUCAUCGCACGCGUUGUAGAUAUUGGACACUCAAACUCAUACGUCUUUGGAAAACUCAUUUAAUGGGAGAGAAGCGCAAAGCAACAGAAGAGGCUCCUGGCCAGCCAAUGGCCAAGGGUCUCGACAGUGUCACAUCUCAGGAAGCGACCCUGCAAAAGCCACUGGAAGGGCCACCAGAAGACGAUGUUUCUCGAGAUCGCCACUUUGCUGACUUGUACACGAAAACGCCCGACUUUAAACAACUGGCGCUCCAGGACAAAGGAUUUGCUCUACUAUGGAACAAGCACAAGCCGGAUUUCUUCGACAACCCGCAAUGUGUCAUGCAGCUGACCAAGACUCUUCUCAAACUUGACUUUGGACUUGAGAUUGAACUUCCUGAUGACCGACUCUGUCCUCCUGUCACGAAUCGACACAACUACGUGCUGUGGCUGAAGGGCCUCCUGGAUAGCACUUCGUAUGAGAAACCGGGAAGUAAACUCGUUGGUCUGGAUAUUGGUACCGGGGCGAGUUGUAUCUACCCUCUUUUGGGCUGUGCCCAACGACCAUGGGAAUUCAUCGCCACUGAUAUCGAUGCAAAGAGUCUUGAGCACGCUCGCAAAAAUGUAGCUCUUAACAAACUAGAGCACCGGAUCAAGGUCGUGGAACGAAAGCCAACAGACGCCAUCAUCCCUCUCGACGAUCUCAACGUAGAUAAAAUCGACUUCACAAUGACCAACCCGCCCUUUUACAAAUCAGAGCAAGAAAUGAUCAAGAGUGCCGAGCAAAAGUCUCGGCCACCUUUCACGGCAUGCACGGGAGCCAAGGUCGAGAUGGUUACCGAAGGUGGCGAAGUCGCUUUUGUCGACCGUAUUCUCAAGGAGUCGCUCAAGCUACGAGAGCGUGUGCGUUGGUACACGGCCAUGUUUGGUUUCCUGACGAGCUUAGUCGACUUUAUCGCCAAACUCCGCGAGCGAGGAAUCGACAACUACGCUGUGACUGAGUUUGUCCAGGGCAGCAAGACGCGACGGUGGGCGAUCGCCUGGAGCUUUGGGAGCAUGCGGCCGACGCAGGAAGUUGCUCGCGGUAUCAAAACGGCUGUCCCAAAGAACAUUCUCCCAGAGAUUACGGAAGAAGAGGUCGUCGAUGUGCCUUUGCCCGAGAAAGUUGGCGAUUUCGCAGAUCGUUUCAGAGAUGAGAUUGCCAAGCUCGAGCUGACAUCAUGGGAGUGGGAUAAGGAGCGCCUCGAGGGCACGGGACGAGCCGCCGACAGAGUGUGGGCACGAGCAUGGAGAAGACGGAAGCAACGGGAGAUGCAGACCGAGGUCGCCGACGGGUCCAAGGCCGAAGGGGCAAAGUGUGUCCUCGCGUUCAAGGUGUCUAUCCGCGUCGCCCAGGAUCACAUCUCGGUGAGCUGUCGAUGGCUCGAAGGCCACGAUGCUGUCGCGUUUGAGAGUUUCCGGGGAUACUUGAAGAAGACGGCACGGGGCAUCGUGGGCUCUGAGGGGGGCACACGGACUUGA